GAAAAAUGAACAUCCUAUACUAUGUUUGAGAUUGUAUUAAACGCGACAGUGGCGCCACGUGAUAUAAUUACCUGAAAAUACAAGCGGAUAAGCUGUGUACACGCGCCUACGUGCGCGUUCGGAUGGUGUAGUUGCUGUACACUUUUGCGCGGUUUCUUUGCUAUCAAAUAUUUCCAUUUGUUGACAUAAUAAUUCGGUGAAAAUGGAGAGUGAUAAAAGUACCAUGCUGGCAGUUCUGCAACUGCUCAGAAAAUACAAUUUGAAGGGGACAGAGGAACUGUUCAAGAAAGAGGCAAAUCUGACAGAUAUCUCCCCUGAUGAAGCUCAACAAACCGAUUCUGAAGUGAACAGUGUUCUGUCUGCUUACAAAAGCGAAGGAGAUCCUGCUCUGUAUGAAAAAGCUUAUAGCGAACUAAAAAAAUUUGUUGAAAGUUCCUUGGACAUAUACAAGCAUGAAUUGGGCACUAUCUUGUACCCAGUUCUGGUACACAUGUACCUUGAACUGGUUUACAAUAAUCAUUCCGAAGAAGCGAAGCAGUUGUUAGAAAGAUUUGGUGACAAUUUGGAAGAGUAUUACCAAAAUGAUUUAAAGAGAUUGUCCAACGUCACGAAACGUGAACAAAUAGCUGGAAACGAAUUAACUGACACUUUCAAAUCGAAUCAGUUCAUAAUCAGAAUGUCGAGAGACACUCUGUCCAUAUUAAAACGACAUUUACAAGAAAAGAAGCAUAGUGUAUUGUUAAAUAUUAUACAAGAGCAUCUUUAUUUCGAUAUGUACGAAGGAGUAGCUAGGAAUAAACAACAAAUCGAUGCUACGUCAGGUGCAACGGUUGGUGAAGCAACGAGGCAAGACAACAAAGCGAAAGUGUAUUAUGGGCUUUUGAAAGAGCCGGACAUUCAAUGUAUGCCUCCGACCGAGGAGGAGGAAGACGACACGGGUGGAGCGGAUGGAGACAAACCAAAGAAGAAGAAAGCUAAGAAGGAUCCACUGUUUUCCAAGAAAACUAAAUCAGAUCCAAAUGCGCCGCCAGUUGGCAGAAUGCCUUUGCCAAAUUUAAAAGACGCAGAUAAGAUGGAGAAGGUAAAAGCAUUGAGGGAGGCAUCGAAACGCGUCGUAUUAGGUCCGGACACUUUGCCAUCCAUAUGCUUUUACACUUUACUAAACACAGUGCAUACUGUGACAGCGGCCGAAGUAGCAGAGGAUUCGAGCUUACUGGCCGUCGGGCUUAGCGACUCUUGUAUAAAAGUGUGGAGUUUGGUUCCACAGAAAUUAAGACUGAUGAAGACUGGGGAACAACUGCAAGACAUCGACAGGGAAGCAGAUGAUGUGCUAGUAAGAAUGAUGGACGAUCGUACAGCGGAGACGUCGAGGUCGCUGUUCGGCCACAAUGGUCCCAUAUACAGUUUAUCAUUUAGCCCGGAUAGGAAUCUGCUUCUCUCAUCCUCGGAGGAUAGUACAGUCCGAUUAUGGUCGCUACACACGUGGACGUGUGUUGUAUGUUACAAAGGACAUCUAUUUCCGGUUUGGUGCGUAAGAUUUUCACCACACGGUUACUAUUUCGCGAGUUCGUCGCACGAUAAAACUGCCAGGCUCUGGGCUACCGAUUCCCAUCAGCCACUUCGAAUAUUUGCUGGUCAUUACUCGGAUGUAGACGUAGUACAAUUCCAUCCGAACUCGAACUACGUAGCGACCGGUUCCAGUGACAUGACAGUAAGAUUAUGGGAUUGCGUAACCGGCAGCCAAGUCAGAUUAAUGACCGGACACAAAGCUUCGAUUUACUCUCUUGGUUUUUCCGCAGAGGGUCGAUUUCUGGCGUCUGCCGGUGCGGACCACCGCGUUUUAGUUUGGGAUUUAGCACACGGGCACCUAGUUGCCGCGUUAUCGGGACAUUCCGGUACGAUACAUUGCUUAUCGUUUAGCAGGGAUGGAAACAUACUAGUCUCCGGAUCUUUGGAUUGUACGAUUAAGUUAUGGGAUUUUACGAAACUCGCGGAAGAGAUGAGUUUAGAGGAUGUAAAUGUGUCGCACAAUCCGGAGGUAAAAACAAACGGAGAGUCCUAUCUUCUCCGGACGUUCGCGACGAAAAAUACACCAGUGCUGGCUCUGCACUUUUCACGAAGAAAUUUAUUAUUAGGCGUCGGAAUGUUCGAAUCUACUUAACAAACGUGGACUUAUCAUUACUAAUGAAACGUUCUCCGACACCGGUUCAUUGUUGUAAUAUAAGAGCGUUUGUUAAUAAACUUUUUCACAUUGAUCACGCGACGUACCUGAAUUACACCCGACUGGCAGUGUAUUCCAGAGACUAUAUUUCUAUAUACGUAUACACGUGUAAUUACGAUAUUUCGUUAUUGUAUUCUUUUAAAAAUAUAAAUAAUUAUAAUCCUUC